AUGGCUGCUUCUGGAGCCUCCCAACUCGGCCAAACAACAGCCUCCAUUUUAAUUGCGGUGUUUAUUUUGGGUCUUUUUGCUUUCUAUAAACGAACCAAGAGGCCGGCUGGCUUCCCGCCAGGGCCGAGUUCUCUGCCAAUCUUUGGAAGCUUUCUGGGAUUCGGUUUCAACAAAUCCCCCCAUCAACUCUUUAGAGAACUUCACAAGAAAUAUGGCGACAUUUACUCACUGAAGUUUGCGGGACAGAACACUGUGUUACUGAAUAGCGCCGAGGUUGUAAAGGAAGCCUAUGUGAAACACGCGGUAGAGUUUUCAGGACGAGGAAGGGCGUACGCUGUUGGAUUGCUCACUGAAGGAUUCAAAGAUAUAAUAUUCUCAGAUGGGCCACAAUGGAAAUACCAGCGCAAACUUGCUCACAGCGUGUUCAGACAAUUCACACAACGUAAGCAGAUGGAGAGGCUCGUCCAUGAUGUCACUCCUAAAAUAGCCAGCGUACUUGAUGCCUUUGGAGACAAACCAUUCGCUCCAAAGUGGACAGUUUGCAAGAUCGUGUAUAACAUUCUAGCCACAUUUACCCUUGGGAAAAAGUACGAGUUAAACGAUCCUGAGAUUAUGACGUACAUUGAUCUACGGAAUACAGUGAUGUACCAAGUCGGCAAUGGCCAACCGGCUGACUACCUUCCAAUCUUAAAAUACAUACCCAUACCUUCGGUACUUAAAUUCAAGAGACUCCUGAAAUCGUUCCAUCGCUUCUUCUACGAUGAGUUCAACAACCACCGCGAAAGAUUCGACCCUGAAAACGUCGGUGACUUGUUUGAUUUGCUGAUAUUAAAACAAAGUGAAGAGAAAGAAGCUGGAGAGGAACAGGCAGGCAAGCUGACGGAUACACACAUUGUGCAAAUCGUCAUGGAUCUGUUGAUUGCUGGGACUGACACAGCCAUUCACACUUUACACUGGGCCAUAGCAGCCAUGACAGAACAUCCAGAAAUCCAGGAGAAUGUUGCCAUGGAGAUAGAUGAGGUUGUAGGUCGUGAUAGGCUGCCCUCUAUUGACGAUAAAGGCACUUUGCCAUACACUGAGGCUACCAUCUUGGAAGUAUUCCGAUUUGGUAGCGUGGUACCGAUUGGUAUACCUCAUUCUGUAAUGGCGGAUACUUCAUUGUGCGGAUACAAGAUUCCUAAAGGUACUUCAGUAAUGAUCAAUCACCUCGCUUUGCAUUACAAUCCGACAGACUGGGCUGAACCCAACAAGUUCAAACCGGAGCAUUUCUUGGAAGACAACGGAGAGCUUCUAACCAAACUACCAGAGAGUUUUCUGCCCUUUAGCUGUGGACGUCGUUCAUGCCUCGGUGAAGACUUCGCUAAGAAGGAGAUCUUCCUACUCUUCACGUGGAUGUUUAGCAGGUACACCUUCUAUAAGGUACCAGGGAAGGAGUUGACGUCAUUGCUUACGGCGACUUCCAACUCAGCGUUCAACCAUCAGCCGAGUGAUGAGUUACAGGUGUGCGUUAAGCGACGUUUUUAAAAGCCUGAACAUCUCACGUCACACUUCGAGGGUCGUGAAUAACGCCAGAGAGGGGUCUCUCGCCUAGGUCAAUCCCCGCCCAUCUUCACCUUUCACCUAGAUUCAUAUGCAGACGACCGAAAGUGCAGCUGCCAAACGUCACCUCGGACCAAUCAAAACACAGAUUGAGAAGGCUUACGUCACUGCAAGUUUAUCUAGUGAAAUCACUGGUUCUGAAAAGCACUUGUCUUUUUAUCCUUGCGGAUAAAGACAGGGUAUCACUCUACGUUUUAAAGUGGGUUUUUUUCGGGUUGAAUUAAAGGGACACGUUGCCAUCUGAUCAAAUUAAUGCUAUCCAAAACGGGCUGAAGGGGUCGAAUAGUCUGGCCCUUUAAAUGAUUAUUGGAAACAGUAUAGCUUACUGAUGUUGCACACUGUGUGCCAGAUGUUCACAGCUUUCUGAUAAAAUACAACAAUUCACUUCGCAUUUUUUAAAUAUUCAAGUUUUUUUUUUAUUGUUACCACAAAAGCCCAUUAUGUUUAUAACAUUAUUUUAUGAUGACUACUAAAAAAAUCUAUGAAAAAAAAUAAAUUUGUUUCUGCUUUAUAAAGAUUUUUAUUAAAUCACAAUAUUAUUAUUCUCAGCAGUAUUAAUUGAUUGGUUAUAUUGCAUUACUAAACCCUGUGUUAUCACUAAUAGCAGCAACUAACUAUUAGUAAAAUUAUGUCAAUCGUAAUAAAUGCUUAUCUAAAGAAUUAAUAUGUAUAAAUUUUUCAAUUGAAAUAACAUCCACUUCUUAAGGCCACACCAUCAUAUACAAUUCCAAAUUUAAGAAUGUUAUACAUAAUGUUAAAUUUGAUAUAUUGCCAAUUUCUAUAUGCCACACCAACUUGAUAAAAGAAAGCAAACAAUUAUAUUUCUAAUAAGCUAAAUUUAAAAUAAACCGACAAUGAUUUCAUUAGGUAAUUGUGUUUGUUCCUAACUGUCCUCAUGCCUAUCACUCUAUGUGUGCCACCACUGUGUCCCGUCAACACUUUGUGACUGGUAUCCUCCUCAUUAAUGCGUAGCCAGAAAUUUGUUCCCUAAUAUUUUCUGCUAAAGCAUCUCUACGUUUUUAUUCCUUCCUGAAAGCACACAAAUUCUUCUAACAAGGGUGUUUUUUGUUUCAUCAUUUUCUUGCAACUUUGAUGACCGAUUGA